AUGGCGGUUCGGUGUGUGUCACGAACAUUCGUUGUUUGUAUAGUUGGCGUGAUUGGAUUUCAUCUGAUAAGUAAUUACUAUACACACGAAGAAACCAACAAACCGAUUUCACAGUCUAUGUUUGACAGAACCGAGUUGAUGUUUGAUAGAACCAAAUUAAACAACCAGUCCAAGAAAGCUGUCAAAGACAAUGACAAACAAGGCCAAAGAAUUAAGCAUUUUAAACAAACUUGUGAAGCCUUUGGAUAUAACCGGACGACUUUACCAAAGAAGAUACUGUUAUUCCAAUCAAGUAAAUAUGAACUGGCAUGGAAAAGCGUUGCAAAGAUUGGUUCUACAUUUCUUAUACAGGUAUUCAAUAUACUUAAUGGUGCAGCAAAGGCCGCAGUAUUUGGUAAAGCUAGAGAUAACAUCCAUACGCCUAACAAAUAUGCAAAAUAUAAAAAUAAUGCUAACUUCCACACGGUGAAAAACUACACAGUGUUAAUAACGGGUAGAAAUCCAUAUUCCCGACUUUUGUCGGGAUAUAUUGACAAAGUUUAUUUGCCAAACAGUUUAAAGCUUGGUCGGUCAAUUUCUUCAAGAAAGGCGACAAAGAUGGGUAUCCAACCAAAAAGCAAAUUCUGUACUAAUACAUUCGAUGAUUUUCUUAAUUACGUUUGUGAUGGAAACAUAGAUCAUACUUUAAGUGGACAUUAUGGUCCUAUUCUAUCAAAACAAGAAUGCCACAAAAUUUGCGGGCUUCCAAAUAUUGUAAUAGUUAAACAAGAAAGUUUUUCGGAAGAUAUAGAAUAUGCUUUAAGACUGGCUGGUGUUGAAAACAAGAAGUUUGACAUAAUUUAUGCAGCAAUGCACGAGAAAAAAGUUCAAUCGACUAUUGUUGGUAUUGUAAAAACUGUUUAUAAAAAGAUGUCAGCCAUGCACAGGCACUUACAUUUUAGACAACAACGUCCUGAAAAGUGUUUAUCUUGGCGUAAUAUCGCUAAAAGAUUAUGGAGGUCAUUUCAACUUCAGGGAUAUAUAGAUGAAAAAUCAAAAUUCCCACGCCAGAAAUUUCCAACCAGAAGAACGCGUACGUAUAUGCGAUCUUCAAAGCAGACUGAAAAUUUCACCACAAAUUCAAAGUCAGCAUUGCCAUUCCCGACACUAGUUAGAAGUACCUACCAGAUCGCAGAACAUAAACACAAAGUGGCAAUUCAUGGUAUCACGCCAGAAAAUGCAUGUGCCGCCAGAAUAUCUAGUAUAAAGGCAGAAUUCUCCAAUGCAAUGGACCUUUAUGUCUCCAGAAGUACGUUCUUUGUGAUGAGAUGA